AUGGCGGCUCGUUCGGAGUAUGACGAGGAGAUGUGUGACGGAGAGAAGAAGGUGGUUAUAUUCCGCAGCAGCGAGGAUUCCCGACUAGCGAAUCGAAUAAAAGAACGUUUAAAAGAAAAAGGCGGUAAUAAAGUGUUCCAGAUAGGCGGUAACAAAGUGUUCCAGCUAGGCGGUAACAAAGUGUUCCAGCUAGGCGGUAAUAAAGUGUUCCAGCUAGGCGGUAACAAAGUGUUCCAGCUAGGCGGUAACAAAGUGUUCCAGCUAGGCGGUAAUGAAGUGUUCCAGAUAGGCGGUAAUAAACUAGGCGGUAAUGAAGUGUUCCAGAUAGGCGGUAACAAAGUGUUCCAGCUAGGCGGUAAUAAAGCGUUCCAACUAGGCGGUAACAAAGUGUUCCAGCUAGGCGGUAAUAAAGUGUUCCAGCUAGACGGUAACAAAGUGUUCCAGCUAGGCGAUAACAAAGUCUUCCAGCUAGGCGAUAAUAAAGUGUUCCAGCUAGGCGGUAAUGAAGUGUUCCAGCUAGGCGGUAACAAAGUGUUCCAGCUAGGCGGUAACAAAGUGUUCCAGCUAGGCGGUAACAAAGUGUUCCAGCUAGGCGGUAACAAAGUGUUCCAGCUAGGCGGUAACAAAGUGUUCCAGCUAGGCGGUAACGAAGUGUUCCAGCUAGGCGGUAAUGAAGUGUUCCAGCUAGGCGGUAAUGAAGUGUUCCAGCUAGGCGGUAAUGAAGUGUUCCAGCUAGGCGGUAACAAAGUGUUCCAGCUAGGUGGUAAUAAAGUGUUCCAGCUAGGCGGUAAUAAAGUGUUCCAGCUAGGCGGUAAUAAAGUGUUCCAGCUAGGCGGUAAUGAAGUGUUCCAGCUAGGCGGUAACAAAGUGUUCCAGCUAGGCGGUAAUAAAGUGUUCCAGCUAGGCGGUAAUAAAGUGUUCCAGCUAGGCGGUAAUAAAGUGUUCCAGCUAGGCGGUAACAAAGUGUUCCAGCUAGGCGGUAACGAAGUGUUCCAGCUAGGCGGUAAUGAAGUGUUCCAGCUAGGCGGUAAUGAAGUGUUCCAGCUAGGCGGUAAUAAAGUGUUCCAGCUAGGCGGUAACAAAGUGUUCCAGCUAGGCGGUAAUAAAGUGUUCCAGCUAGGCGGUAAUGAAGUGUUCCGGCUACAUGUAGGCGGUAUCGAUGGUUUUGUUGAGGAUGAUAUCACGCCAGGGCAGGCUGUACUGGAUGUGAUAUUAACCACUCUUUCGUCAAGUAGAGCUUCUCUCUUUCUCGUUACCCGUAAGGCUAUGGAGAGUUCAUGGUUCGCUUUGCAAACAAUUCUAGCCUUAGAACGAUCACAGCAACGAGGACAAUUCAACUGUGUGAUGCUACUACACGGCGUGACAGAAGACGAACUACCAAAAUUCGCUCUUUUCCAUAUGAUUAAGAAAUACGAGCUGAAUAUGGAUAUGUGUGAAAAAUGGGAUGAGGAACAGAUUGAGGAGGUGAUUCGGACAAUCCAAGAUGUCAAAACCAUUACCAGUGAAUUACCCGUCGGUAACGUGGCGCAUGCGCAGGCUUGGUCUCAUUACUACGGAUACCAUGACAUCGUGCGUCUGGUUCUUGCACAGAGAAUCAGGGACAGCCAGUGGUUUCGGGAAAAUAGCAAAAACAUGCCAAUUGCUGUGUAUGAAUUGGUUCCCAAAAGCUGUUGUUUGCCUCAGGAAAUGAACUGUAAAAGGAUAAAGAAAGUAGGACAUCUUGAAGAAAUCGUUGUAUCUAAAGGCGGCAACGUUAAACGACGAUACAAACCAUUUGUGUACUGCAUCGAGGAUGGGGGCGAGAAGUAUUACUGCGUUGCCCAGUACCCUAACGUCUUGAGCGCCAUUGAGAAAAUGGCAAAGUCUCGUGUCGUUGACAUGGACGAGGAACACAGAAAUGUACAGGUUGUCCGGUUCUACUACACUCUACACGCCAUACUGAAAUGGUCGAACUUAGAUUACCAGGCUAGGCUCCUGUGGUUUGAUGACUCCGUGGAAGAUCCAGCUGAUGUCCUGAUAGAGGCUGUCAAAAACGACAUUCAGAGAACAUCUUUCGAUACAGCAGCACAAGAUCUGAAGAAGGCAAUUAUGUCAGUAGACCGGGACGAUUUACGUGGAACGCAAUUUGAUGCUACUAUCUUGUACAACAGUGAUGAUGAAGACUCCGCGCAAAGGUGCCGACAGAUAGAAAAGUAUCUAAGUACUAAAGAUGUCCGCGUCUUAAAGAUUGAGCCAGGACAGACAGAGUUCAUGUCAUUGGACGAAGCAGUAUCGAAGGUGCGAUGGUUGAUAAUUAUCAUAACCAAAGAUGGAAUCCAAACGAAUGACGUUUUCAAGAUGCAGACAAUGGCUAUCCUGGAAGAAUGCGUCUGUAACAAGAAAGUACGAAUAAUCCCAGUGAUCAACAAAGGCAGCCGAGAUGUGGAGGGUAUUACUCCAGACAACAUACCAGACUUCCUUAGAUGGAUAACCUACAUUGACGUUCAGACAAAGGGAUACGAAGAACUUGUUUAUCAAGCACUCAAAGGAGACAAUAUUCCACUGGUCUUAGAUGCGGCCCAUGUUCCCGCUGGCAAUCUAGGCUACGGUUUAGCCUGGGGCUAUGUCGUCAAUUACCUAAAGAAGGUUCUGCCUGAGUUUGGGAAAGCACUCCAACAUGUGCUUCAAUCAGGAGAAAGUGGUAUAAAUGUGUGUCCGGAUAAACUUUAUCUACUUGUGCCGAAAACAUGCAAGUGCCCAGGCGAGAUCGAAAAUGAAUAUGUGAAACAUCAGUUCUACUUUAGCUCGAUGGAUGACCUUCAAGGUGGAGCAAACAUCGUAAAAAGCUUAAACAUUUAUAAGAUCCUUGACGACAACAAUAUCAAACAAAAAGAGCAUUAUUUUAUAGGGCAAUAUCCGGCACCAUUAGAAUGUCUUUAUAAGAUGAAUGACAGUAGAUGGGCCGGUAUUGAUCCAUGCUCAAUGAAGAGGGAAAGAACGCGCUUCUGUGAUACCCUACGGAGUCUUCUUUGGGGACCAGUCGGCGAAGGAUUACAUAACAAAUGUGAACUUGUCUUCUAUGAUGACGAAAAUGAAGAGGACCUUCGUAGAAAGCUGCUCUCGAAGAUAUAUUUUGACGUCGAUCGGGAGAAAUCUCAACGGAGACGGAGAGGAACAGUAGAACAACCAAAGUUGUCUUCCCGCAAAAGGCGCCGGGUACAGACCGCAAUGGACGUCGACAAAGCUAGCUGUGAGCAGAAAGAGGAUGUCUUUAUCUCCUACAGUAGUGAGGAUCUCGACUUGGUAGAGAAAAUCAAGAAAGCCCUUCAAAGGCGAGGCAUUUCCAGUUUCGUAGCCUCAUCGUCGAUCACUGCCGGUACACCUACCAUUGAUGGAAUUGUCCACGGCAUAAACACCAGCCGGAAAGGACUAUUUCUGGUCACCAGGAACGCCCUGAAGAGUUCCUGGUUUGCCUUUGAGACAAUAUUGGCCCUUGAACGUUCACAACAGCUGGGUAAAAUCGGGGCGUUGAUCUUACUGUCGGGUGUUACAGAAGACCAGUUACCCAAACUGGCCAUGUUUGAUAUGCUGCCCCGAUUCACCAUGUCUAUCGAUUCGGACGGAGACUGGACAGAGGAACAAGUCCAGCUGGUGGUGGAAACAAUAAAAGAGGAGAAGUGCAUUGAUUGUGAAUUACCGGUCGGAAAUGUUGCGCAUGCUCAGGCCUGGUCUCAUUACUUCGGCUUUCACAACAUCGUACACACACAACUGGAGCAAAGGAUUAAAGAAAGCACGUGGUACCAGACGAACCCGGCCAAUAUGCCAAUGAAGAUGUACGAGUUAGUUCCAAGCAGUUGUGUUACUCCGUUCGUCAUCGACGACAAGGACGUGACUAAGGUUGGAACUCUGGCACCGAUUGUGGUUAACAGAGCCGGCAACAAGACCAGGCCGUACAUGCUAAAUGUGUAUUCUAUUGAGGACGGAGAUCAGAAAUAUUACUGCGUUGCUCAGUAUCCAAACGUUCUGAGUGCUAUACGGAAGAUGGAGGAUUGCCCCAUGAUCCAAAUGGACCAAACACAGAGGGAAUUACAGGUAGCGAGAUUCUACUACACACUGAACGCCAUUCUACAUCACUCGGACACAACGCCGUGUCAUAAUCAGUCUCGGCUACUGUACUUUGAUGACAGGAAUGAACGGGCAAGGGAUGUCUUACUGAGAGCUAUCAGACAUGACGUCGAGAAUGCUCCUCUGGAGGCUAUGGCCAAGGAUCAGCUGAGACUGCCGACAGGGCCGAGUCAGACUGCGGAAUAUGACGUCGUCAUUCUGUAUAGCAAUGCGGACAGCAUUGAUGGGGACAGAAAGAAUGAGAUUGAGAGAUACCUAACGAACAGGCGUGUAAAAGUUCACCCAGACGUGUGUAAGCGCACGGAAACCUACCCCUUACAAAAAUUGGAGGACGCUAUAGAAAAGUGUCGGUGGGUAAUGUUGAUCAUUACACGUAAUUGCACCAAAGAUGCAGUGAUGAAUAUGAAGAUAAUGGCCCUACUGGGCGAGUCUAUCAGCAGUAACAGACUGAGAAUUAUCCCCGUGAUUGAUGACCUUUCCGAGGACUACAUACCGGAAAUGCUGCGAUGGGUGACUUAUAUCGACAUGCGCACAGCUGAAUACCAAGAACAAAUAUACCGUGCUUUGAAAGGGGAAAGCAUUCCUUUAGCGCUAGACGCCGCUCAUAUUCCUGCUGGUAACCUGGGUUACGGUUUGGCAUGGGGAUUCGUUGUUAAUUAUUUGAGGACAGUCCUUCCACAAUUUGGACCACAUCUGAAAGAGGUGCUGGAUCUAAAAGGCGAUGUCGUCACAGCCUGUCCAGAGAGGAUUUAUCUAUUGGUACCGAGAAGUUGUAUGUGUACUGGUCUCAUCAGCGAUAGGUGGGCGUAUGUGGAACAUUUCUCCUCCUUCGCCAGAAUAUCGGAAAACUUGGGCGGAGCAAACGUUAUUAAGUCUCUUGAUAUAUACAGCAUAAAAGAAAAUGACAACAAGGAUUCAAAGAAACAUUAUUUCAUUGGACAAUACCCCACGCCGAUCCUCUGUUUGUGGGAGAUGAAUGACUGUCGUUUAGCUGGCAUUAAUGAGGAUGCCAUGGUGAGAGAGAGUCGGCGGUUCUGUGAUACAUUGAAUAGUCUAUUGUCUGGACCGGUUGGCGAGGGAUUAAGCACUAAAUGUGAACUUGUCCAUUUUAAUGACAGCGAUCCAGAAGAUCUUCGGAGGCAGCUCCUACCUCACUUUGCAGUGUAACUGAACUAAUGAAUGAUUUACAAAAACAAUAUGGCCUUUGUCGCUAGAGUCAAAACGAUAUGAUCUUUGUCGCUAGACCCAACACAAUAUGGUGUUUAUCUCUAGACUCAAAACAAUAUGGUCUUUGUCUGUAGACUAAAAACAAUAUGGUCUUUGUCUCUAGACUAAAAACAAUAUGGCCUUUGUCUGAAGACUCAAAACAAUAUGGCCUUUGUCUGUAGACUAAAAACAAUAUGGCCUUUGUCUCUAGACUAAAAAACAAUAUGGUCUUUGUCUGUAGACUAAAAACAAUAUGGUCUUUGUCUCUAGACUAAAAACAAUAUGGUCUUUGUCUGUAGACUAAAAACAAUAUGGCCUUUGUCUGUAGACUAAAAACAAUAUGGCCUUUGUCUGUAGACUAAAACAAUAUGGUCUUUGUCCGUAGACUAAAAACAAUAUGGUCUUUGUCUGUAGACUAAAAACAAUAGGGUCUUUGUCUGUAGACUCAAAACAAUAUGGUCUUUGCCUGUAGACUAAAAACAAUAUGGUCUUUGUCUGUAGACUCAAAACAAUAUGGUCUUUGUCUGUAGACUAAAAACAAUAUGGCCUUUGUCUGUAGACUCAAAACAAUAUGGUCUUUGUCUGUAGACUAAAAACAAUAUGGUCUUUGUCUGUAGACUAAAAACAAUAUGGUCUUUGUCUGUAGACUAAAAACAAUAUGGUCUUUGUCUGUAGACUAAAAACAAUAUGGCCUUUGUCUGUAGACUCAAAACAAUAUGGUCUUUGUCUGUAGACUGAAAACAAUAUGGUCUUUGUCUGUAGACUAAAAACAAUAUGGCCUUUGUCUGUAGACUAAAAACAAUAUGGUCUUUGUCUCUAGACUAAAAACAAUAUGGCCUUUGUCUGUAGACUCAAAACAAUAUGGUCUUUGUCUCUAGACUAAAAACAAUAUGGCCUUUGUCUCUAGACUCAAAACAAUAUGGCCUUUGUCUCUAGACUCAAAACAAUAUGGCCUUUGUCUCUAGACUCAAAACAAUAUGGCCUUUGUCUGUAGACUCAAAACAAUAUGGCCUUUGCCUGUAGACUAAAAACAAUAUGGUCUUUGCCUGUAGACUAAAAACAAUAUGGUCUUUGUCUGUAGACUCAAAACAAUAUGGUCUUUGUCUCUAGACUAAAAACAAUAUGGCCUUUGUCUCUAGACUCAAAACAAUAUGGCCUUUGUCUCUAGACUCAAAACAAUAUGGCCUUUGUCUGUAGACUCAAAACAAUAUGGCCUUUGUCUGUAGACUAAAAACAAUAUGGCCUUUGCCUGUAGACUAAAAACAAUAUGGUCUUUGCCUGUAGACUAAAAACAAUAUGGUCUUUGUCUGUAGACUCAAAACAAUAUGGUCUUUGUCUGUAGACUCAAAACAUUACUGAUCCCCUCGACUGAGUGAACAUUAACAUCUUGAUGAAACAGUCGAGCUGGAAUCCACCAGAAAAAGGUUGCUUUGGGAUUUGUUAAUUUUCUGCGGUACCUUGUUUCCCUUGGCUAUAACUACUGUAAACAGUAGAAUGAUCUGAUGUCUCGACAGUGGAAACUAUUGAUAAGAUUCGUAACAUUAUUCAGGUAUACUGAUAAUGUUGGACAUACAUGUAGAAUGAGGAUCGAUACCAUGCAUGGUACAUCAUGUAUCUGAUAUAUGUACCACGUUGUCAGAUAUCCAUACAGUUUUCCUGGCGUGCGACAUCUUUAUUAUCACUUUAUGAUAACAUAUUUAUUUGAUUAUGUGUGUAAAACAUACACGGUAUGUAUAUUAUAUAAGAUUGAAAGUA